AAACAAAACUAAAUUUUUAAUUUGUGUUUUUGAAUGCAAAAAAUUUGUAUCCAUUUUGUUAACUAUGUCUACGCGUUCUGGGAAACGCAUUCAUAGUUCUCCUCAAGGUGAAAAUAAUAACGAAAUUGAGGCUACACGAAAUGGAAUUAAAACACGGAGCAAGCGUAUGAAAAACAAGGAUUUUACUGAUAAACAUCUGACAGAGAAAAAACGAAAAAAGCAUUACGUGCGAUAUCCAUCCGACGAAAAAAUCGACAACAGUGAAAGCAAUGGAAAAAGUGAUCAAACUCUCCGCAAAUCCAGAAGAAACACUCUUAUGGAGCGCAACGCCGACGACAUCACAGCUGAAGAAACAGAGGUGAGGCAUCCGCUGAAAACGACACGCAGUACUAGGAAAUGCGAGGAACCCGAUGAUAAUAAUAUCACGCUUCACGUAGCAGAAGAUGUUGCCGAAAAAAAGAAAAAGAAGAAAAAGGCACCAAUAAUUAAUGAAAAUAAAAUGCACAUGAAUAAUGAUGAAGUUAUUGCCCCUUCUAAAAAGAAGACCAACAAGAAGAGAAAUAAAAAGAAAUCCAGCUCGAUUACAGUGGAAGAAGUUGUGGAGCACCCAAAAAUGUUGAAUGCGAGUGGAACAUCAGUAGACUCCUUCCAUAGUGCUGCCGGCAGCCCAAAAUAUGAAGAGAAUUGUGAGGAAUCUAAUAUGAGAGAAAAGAAGUCUACACUUGAGCAAAUGAAAUAUCCUACUGAAAUAAAAUUAAGUCCCAGUGUAAACAAUUCUUUAAAUAACAAGGGGCAUAUUAAUAAAGUUUCAUGGAACCAACUAAAUGGUCACGCUUCAAAUGAUGAACAGCUGGAGACUCGGAACUUAAGAAAGCGUAAAUCUAGUACUAGUAUUUCCAACAAUGUUGAAGAUGAAGGGAAAGUAGGUCACGUCACCAAACAAUCCAAAAGUAUUGGGAAAAAGAAGAGAAAAUUAUCAAAUACGUCUUUUGUGUCUGGUACUACAUUUGUUAAGGAAGAUAAAAUAAUCAACUGUACAUAUGAUAAGGAAUUUAAACUAAAUGGUACAUUUGAGAAGGACAAUAAGAAUAAUAAGACCACAACAUUUGAUACAGUGGAUGAAUCUAAUAUUACUUUUGAUAAAGAGGAGAAGCUGAAGAGAAAUAAGACAAACAAUACAACUGAUAAAGAUGACAAAAGUACUAACACAUUAGACAUGAAAAAUAACACUAAUACUGCAUUGAAUAAAAAAGAUCAAUCAUUUGGUAAUUACGGUGAAAGAAACAGUUUUAAAAUUAACUAUAAAGACACAUUUGGUGAAAAGGAUAAGACUAACACUACAUUUGAUAAAGAAGACAAAUAUAACAGCACAUUUAAUAAAGAAGAUGGAGCUAAUAGUACAUUUGUUAAAGAGUAUAGAGCAAAUGGUACAUUUGACAAAAAGGAUAAGACUAACACUACAUUUGACAAAGAAGACAAAACUAACAGCACAUUUGAUACCGAAGAUAGAGCUAACAGCACAUUCAAUAAAAAGGAUAGAACCAACAGUACAUUUGAUAAAAAGGAUAAAACUAACAGUACAUUUGAUAAGGAAGAUAGAGCUAACAGCACAUUUAAUAAAGAGGAUAGAGAUGACGGCAAAUUUGAUAAGACUAAUACUACAUUUCAUAAGGAAGACAGAGCUAACAGCACAUUUGAUAAGAAGGAUAAGACUAACACUACUUUCGAUAAGGAAGAUAGAGCUAACAGCACAUUUGAUCAAAAGAAUAAGACUAACACUACAUUUGAUAAGGAAGAUACAGCUAACAGCACAUUUGAUAAAAAAGAUAAGACUAACACUACAUUUGAUAAGGAAGAUACAGCUAACAGCACAUUUGAUAAAAAGGAGAAAACUAACACUACAUUUGAUAAGGAAGAUAGAGCUAACAGCACAUUUGAUAAAAAAAAUAAGACUAACACUACAUUUGAUAAGAACGAUAGAGCUAACAACUCAUUUAAUAAGAAGACAAGAGCUAACAGUAAAUUUGCCAAAAAAGACAAAACUAAUACUACAUUUGAUAAAGAGGAUAAAGUUAACACAACAUUUGACAAGGAUGAUAGAACUUUUGAUGAAAACCAUGAAGCAAAUACUACAUUUGUCAAAAAGGAUAAAGCCAACAGUACAUUUGACAAAUCAGGCAAAACAGAAUUGGCUAAAAAAGAAAAUAUGUACAACAACAUAGCAAAUGAGAACUCAGUAAAUAAAAAAAGAAACAGCAUUACAAUUGACAAAAGAAAAAGCGAAAUCAACAUAUCUUCAGACAACAUUUCUAACGAUAAUUCCAACGAAUCCUUACUCACGUCGGAUACAUCAAAAUCAUCGCAUAUCAGUGUCACCAGUGAUGAAUCGCAACGUGAAAACAUUUUAAACAACACCCCCCUACUAGUAGAAAGUAGUAUGGAGGAGGAAAAUAUUUCUAAAACUACCCUACUUACUAGCCCUACACCCAGAACUGUAGACACAACACCAUCCACUCCGUUAAAACGAGAGGGCACCUUCACUAAGGACAGCCCAGAGCCUAAAGUCUUUGCCAAAAACAGAAAAAGUGUGGAUAAAACUCCCACAAGGAGAAAGUCGCUCCCUUCACCGGGUUGCACCCCAUUCCCACUUGCAAAGUCUCUGUCCAAGGACAAGAGUAGUUUGAAUGUUACCCGCUCAAUAGAAAAAUCGAGGAGAUCAUCCAUAGAAGAAAUGGUGCCGAGAGCCACUAAAGUGAUGUUCUGCAGCCCCUCCAACAACCUGACUGUGGUCUCCGCAAUGAAGGGAAAAAUUAUUAAAUCCAGCCUCAAAGGAUCAAACAAAAGCUUUAUUUUUGAUGAUAACAGUUGUUCAUCGCCGCCGCGCGUGGCGGGCCGCAAGCGCUCGCAGACGGCGGACCGCGCCGCAGGGCCGGAGCCCCACGCCAAACGCUCUCGCCUGGUAGAGCCCCCUGUGGCUACCGUGCCGUCGCCCCGCCCGCCGCGCCUGCGCACUAGGACGCUCAGCGCCUCUGCAAAACUCCCUGAAGUAAUCUCUGAAGCGCGCAGGGACAGCCCGGCGAGGGAGCGCGUGCGCACGCGGCUGCCCAACUUCGCGGCGCUGCACGCGCGGCAGUUCGCGCGCAUGGAGUCGCUGGACGAGUGCCAGCGUCGCCGCGCCGAGCGCGCGCGCCUGCUGCUCACGCCCACCGGGCCCGUCGCCGUCGACCGACUCAGCCCUAAGGACAACCAAGCACCCAAACAAUCUGAGCCAAACCCACCCAGGAAGACCGAGACACCGACGAAGAGCAAGCCGCAGGCGGCGGCGGCCGGCUACUCGCGGUUCGGCUUCAAGCUGCAAGCCGACUUCGCCAAGAAUCCCUUCAGCUUCACGGCGUCGAAGACUGCAGCGGCGGCGCGGACCGUCGCGGCGGGGCUCAAGCGACAGGCGACCAUGCCGUCGCUGGCGGGCACCACGCGCAAGCAGCUCGCGCGCCAGGCCGUCAUGAGGGAGAAGUCGUUCGCGGGGAAGAGAGACGACAACAGGCAGGAGAGCAGGACGGUGAUCAAGGGCGUGCGCACCAACAGACGCUUCGAGCUGCAGAUGAGGAUGAGGAAUAUUAACACCUAGAUACUGUUAUUUUUUCAUAUACCCGUCUAUAAUCAUGUUAAUGUUAUGACUUAUCAGUGAGGUGCAGUGUACAGCUCGACAAGGCUUUUUAUGAACGUGGAUGACAUUGACGGGAGCGC